CUGAAUCCGUUGCUAUUGAGAGCAGUCCUGCUACAUCGUGGUUGGGCGUGGCUCCUGUUAGAUCAUGCAUCUUCUCUGGCAAGGCUAUCACGUCUAAAGCAUACGGGAGCAGCAUGUCGGCACUUCCUUGCUACUCGCGAGUUCUACCAA